CGCACGGAAGGACAGGAAAAACGGGGUGCGCACUGCGCACCAGGUACAGCUUAGCUUCGCUUAGCAGAGGCGACCUAUAGAGCUCAAGAGGUCGGAGAGUUGCGAGAGAAACGAAUAGGCGGAUGCCUGAAAUGCAGGCAUACCUAGUGGGCCCGGCCUCGAUCGACGGUGUUGGGUUUUUCUUCCCCAGCAGGAACCCCAACAACAUCUUGGCUGGCCUACUCAAAUGGGCCCACACCAGCGGCCGGAAUCGGAGGGCUCAUCGCCCCGCCCCAUUAGCUGCAAUCAACGGCGGUCAAGACCACUAUGCCGUCCUCGGCCUCUCUUCCCACGCUUCCUCGUCCGACAUCAAAAGAGCUUAUCGCCUUCUCGCUCGGAAGUACCAUCCUGAUGUUAGUAAGGAUUUGCAAGCUGGCGAGAUGUUCAAGAGCAUCCAUCUCGCAUAUGAGGUACUAUCCAACAACGUAACAAGAGCUCAGUAUGAUAGCUCACUUCAGUUUCAGGAAGUUACAAGCAAGCCAUGGAGAAGGAACUGGACCCAAGAAUUCGAUGAGGGAUUAAGGAUAUACAGAUGGGCUGAACUGAGGCAGCGGAUGCGGCAAGAGUACUAUGAUCCUGCCUACAAGAAUGAUUCUCACUCAUAUGGUGAAACUGAUAUGUAUGAAGAAGCCUCCUCAACUGACGAGAGAGGGUCUUUCAGUGAAGUGCUGUGUUGCGCCUUCUUCACAUUAUUCUUUACGCAGACGCUUGGGUCUCGGAUAUCUCUGACACUGUGUGGGCUGUCAGCUUUGCUUGACAAGCAGCUGGAUGCGGGAUAUAAGUUGGGUUAUUUAAUUGCAUGGAUUUUGGGCGGCCGAGGAGGUAUCUUGCUCACUUUAUGCCUGUCGUUUGCGAGCUGGCUCUGUGGCAAAAGCAACAGUAGCCUCGUUGCUGUGGUGGUGGUGGCUAUGUGGGUCGGUGCAAGCGUGGCAAGUUUCAUUCCGCUUCCUCAAGGUGCGCUUCUUACUCUAUUGUACAUGUCCAUCAAGCUUCAAGUUGAUUUAAGCUAAGGCCAUUGUCAUGUUGGUCUCUAAUUAGUAUUAGUGCUUGUAUGUUUAAAAACAUUUCCAGGCUUUGCUAAGCCCACAUGCAUAUGCAACAAAGCUCAUGUACAUGCCACACAUGUGCAAGCAUGGCAUGAUGUGUCUGAGAUCCAAUCCAUCCAUCAGAACAGCACCACUAUAUUGAUGCCCUAGCCCAAUAAUCAGGCUAAUCCACGAAUCAGGUGGGCCACAGUUUGCAAAACAAAUGUACGAAUAUGAAAAACUUGGUUGAAGUUUUCCAACCCAUCCACCUGUUUAAAUAUAAGGGACCACAUGCUGAUUGGACCGGAUUUAAUUUUUGGGAAUAUGCAUGUAAAAGGUCAGACCAACCUAAUUGGAUGGAUGAGAUCUGGCACUUAUGUGCCGUGCUGGCACAUGUGUGGCAUGUUCACAUGCUUUAUCACAUAUUUCCCAGAAUGCGCUUAGCAAAGGUGUCGUACAUUUCUUCUCUGGUAAGGGGGUUUGUAUAUAUUUUUUGUUCAUGAAGCGUUACUCCACGCUUGCCAAUGUCUUUGUAUCUGUUCUGCUUAAAUAUGUAACAGUCCGGUUUUUU